UACACAAAAGUGUUGACAAUAUUUAACACAAGUAUGUGUCGUAUAAAACUUGCACAAACCGUAAUGUGAACAUGGGGCUUUCUCUAAAUCAAUAAACAAGCUUAAAAACGCCAACUCACUGGACAGUGUGAACUCUCCCAACAACAUAUUUCGUAACCAAAUUCUUUAAAGUAUAAGCUACCACCGUGUGUAAAAAACGACCUAAGCAUACAAUUGUGAAUUUUAUUUUGUGAAAAAUCAACAUAUUGAACAUCUGUGGAAGAUUGUAAUGAAAAAAAUAUACAAAUUAAAAAAACUUAAAAAAAAAACUUUUAAAUACAUUAACUACUGAAAUUGUUUUUGUGAAUUAUACUCCAUCUUCAGUGAAUGUUGUCACAGUGGAAGACAUCCGGGACUCUCUGUUGCUCCAGGUUUGGUCAGAAUUCCAGGUUUAAAAACCUGGAAGAGGUCAACAGUUUUCUGCCUGAACACAGACUGACCCACCCACAAGUUCAGAGUAGUCCCCAACAUAUACACAUUGAUCACUGUGAAGUGAAUGUGCGCAUCCACCAGCUGGGAAAGGUUUUCCUCCACAAAUUUCUGGGUAUUCCACACCGCACAGACAAAGUAGAGCAAACCCUGCACGACGCCGGCGAUGGUCACCCUCAGCUGACCCGCGAACUUGGGGGAAGAACAGGGCUGACCACUGGCUAACAUCCGCUGAAUGUGCCGAAUCAGGUAGAUGGAAAUUGAAACAGUCGACAUGACCAUGACCAACACAGAAAGAACAAGGAUGACCGGUGGAGUUUGCCAGAUAAGGAACAAGUCGAAGAAGGACAAGAGACACGUCAGUAAAAGUCCAUAACCUUUCAAAAGCCCAGGCAGAGUAGAUGAUGAACUUGACGUUCUUCUUGAUCCAGAUGGUGAGAGCUCUCUUGGCCGGGACGAUCUGAGUGUAGUAGAAGAAGUUGAGCCAGACGAAAGAGGUCAUGCUUGUGUUAAAGAGGCAGAGUGACAGCAAAAAGAAGGAUGCGGUGAAGACGACAUCUGUCCCCUUCAGGUCACAAAUGGACUUGCCAAGGAUGGACACCAGGUUACAGACCGUGCAGAGGACCAGAGUCUCCAGGAGGAUCUUGAGAGGCUGCCUGAGCUGCCCCGACGCAGUCGUGCGCACCAGGCAAUAGAUGAAGAACAAGUUCGCCAGAAAGUUGAUGGCAACCAGAGGCCCGUUGAUGAUGGCGUGACACAACAAGACAGAGCCAACAGCAGCAGGAGCCACAGAGGAAAAUGGACCGGACGACGACCACCAUUGUUAAUGUGCCACUUGUUUUUAUGAGCCUUCUGAUGAACAGUUUUUUCAUUUACUGCCUGGGCUUUUCAGAUCCUUCAGAGAAACUCAAGCAGCCGGUGAGCUGCCUUCUGUGCACGCUGGUCUGCAGCUCUGUCACGUACCUGAUAUCCAUGCUGGCGGAGGUCGUCCUGAACAUGAUGGGGACUCACUCGAUCACGUCUUUGGUCUUUUAUAUCCUGUCCGUUUGCACUUUGAGUUCCUGUAUGACCACCUCCGUCUGGCUCAACUUCUUCUACUACACGAAGAUCGUACCAGCCCAGCAAGCUCUCUCCAUCUGGAUUAAGAAGAACGUCAAGCGGAUCAUCUACGUCGCCUGGUUUUUUGAAAGAAUCUGGACUUUGCUUGAGAUUUCUCUGACUGUUCUUCAGCUUCAUGCACUCUUCACAUUGGCGACUUUGAAUUACACGACUGGAAGUAUAAAAAUAUCACUGUCUCGGAGCUUAGAAAAGGCCUUAGAUUUUUACUUUAUAUUUUCAUGGCUCCUAAAGACAUACUUCAUUGUCUCUGUAUAUGUCAUGGUCUGGUCAACGGUUUCCAUGUCGUGCUUCUUGGUGAGACAUGUUGCGAAGAUGAUAGCCAGUGGUCAGGCUUAUUCCUCUCCAAAGUUCUGUGGUCAGGUAAGGGUGGUUAUCACCGGCAUCCUCCAGGGUCUUCUCUACCUUCUAUGUGGAGCUUGGAUUUGUUACAACAUGUUCAGAGAACAGUUCACAGACAAGAAGCUUAAUGAAAAUGCCCACUACACCGUGUGCAACGUGUUCAUGUUCGGCACCACUCUAAACCUGUGGGUGGGUCAGUCCGUCUUCAGGCAGAGGGCCGUCAAUGUCAUUCAAGCUUUGAAAGGCAAGCUUCUGAUGAUGAAGCUGGAGCUGUAAAGGUAUGAGUCGAGGGUGGGAAAUGGAUUCUGGGAAAGCUCAAAAAUACAUGUCAUGUGUUUAA